AUGUUUGCCUUCGACGAACUGGACGAGCAGGAGGCUGCAGCUGCACAGCGCGAUGCGGAGGCCUCUUGCUUCAUCGACUUCUCUGCCCUUGAUGCUGCGGAGCGGGAGCAGCAGCCAUCGGAGAAGGAAGAUCUCACGGCGUGCGCACAGACAGAGGUUUCGAAGCGCUGCGCCUUCGAGCGAGAUAGGAGCAGCUACAUACGCCAGCGGCAAGGUCCAACAGGUCUGUUCUUUCGUCUCGCUUUGCCCCGCUCGGUUGCGGAGCUUUGCCACCUCGGUGCCCAGUGGCUCACCCGAGCGCUUCAGAGAGCCAGGACGCUACCAGAGGGCGUCGUGGUCUCCGAGAUCUUGGCGACUCGACCGGUAGCACGGGGAGGUGCAAGCCAGCUGAUUGACGUGGUCUUCUCGCCUCCCCGCGAUCCGCCGUUUUUGGUCGUGCAUUUUUUUCAGGACGGUUCCUCCCAAGCCAAGAGCCUGGAAGGAAUUCUACGAUCCAAGCUUUGCGACAAUAGCUUCGUGAGUGGGAUCAACUUCCUGCGACUGCUGGAGUCGGAGCUGGACGUUCCGCCGCGCUUCUUCUUUGGGGAUGUCUGCGACGGUGGAGGCUCAGGCCUGCUGAUCACGGAGUGGUCGCGCGUGCCAUCGGCUUCUACGAGCUUCUGCCCGGAGCCCUCCUGGACUCCUCAGCCGCAGCAGCAGUGCUACAUGAUGCCAGAUUCUCGUGCGACCCUAUGCCUUUCAGAUAUGACUGGCUUCGCUUCGCCCUUUGCCUCCAUGCCGGCUCUGCCGGGGGCGGCGUCCGUGGGCCUCGAGACGAUUCAGACCUGGCAGGAUCAUCACAGGUCCUGGACACUGAUCAGCUGCAGCGUCGCGUCAAACGAAAGGCUCUGGCGAAUUCGCAGCUCCAGAGGGGCCUUGCUGGUUGCACAGAGUUGUUCAUCUCUGGCUUUGUCUCCGCCUGCAAAGCCGCCUUCUGAACGUGCGGAGCUCUGGACGCUGAUGCCAGGUACGUCUCCUGAGAGCUACUAUAUACGCAGCUUCUAUGACAGCUACCUCACCCACGCCACUGGCUCUGGCCUUGUUUCUCUCGGCCCCGGCCGCGGGCCAAAGGCGAGGUGGACGAUCCAGACCCGAACGGACUGGCUGCUUGAGGAAAUCUGGCAAACCCCAUGCCCUCUGGACGUCAGGGGCGACGGGCUCUCCUUGGACACGAUGAAGGA